GAACUGACUCCACUGCUGCCUACCACGCGCCUUACAUUUAAACGCACUGGGAGAACACAUUUAUUACUUACAAGAACCAGUCGCAUCCUUCCUAAGACCAAAAGGAGAGCGAGAAAAUGUUUGGUUGCGUCGUUGCGGGCCGCCUCGUCCAGACAAACAUGCAGCAAAUCGACGAGACCCAUGCAACGUUUGAGCUGCCGUCUGUAUCGACGAUCAAUCAUAUCUGUGUCUUCCUGUUGGGGACAGUGCCUUUCCCUGAUGGUUAUGGUGCAACGGUGCAUUUGCAUUGGCCGGGCAAGGGCUUCCAGCUUCUCGGAGCAUUAUCUAACGAUAAGCCGUCCGCGAUCUUUCGAGUGCGAGGCACGUUCAGUUCGACGACAACCCUCAACCGUUCUGCGUUCCAAGAUCCAAACAAUGGCAUGUCCGAUGGCGUUGCUUCAACAGGCGAGACCGCAAUACUCGGCAUUGCAGUUGAGCCCCUUUCUGUUAUUCAAGCACAGCUUGCCUCGAUCCCCUCUGCUGCAGUUGCGCCCAGGUCCUCCGCCUCUGCUCUAUCCGAUCCAACUGUGCUGGCGGAGAAAAUCGUCAAACACCUAUUCAACUUCAUUUCGAGCUUUGCUGUACCUCCUGGAGGCGUGAUGACACCAGAAACAUAUAUCCAGAUGAGUGCGAUAACGCGAUGGUACGAAAGUUUCGUGGCGAAAAUUCAAGCGGGGGGUGUAGGAUUUUUGGAGCGGCAGGAAUAGACCUAGUAUGAAUCUGUAUCAAUAUACAUGCUUAUUU